CCUCCCUCUGGCCCUGAAAGCAAUGGACGACGCAGCUGACAGAGGACUGAAACGUCUGAGGACUCCUGGACCUUUCAUGGCCAAUAACGUGAAGAUACACAGCUUUAUAGGUGACGAGACAACCGCAUAUGAAACACUGAGCAAAACCACAGAGGAACCAGCUGUCCAACACAGCAGUGCCUGUUGUCAUCGGAGCGACCUCCCGUAGCAGCUUUUCUCAGAGCCUCUCUUGAACCAUCAGAAAGGAAUGUUUUCUUGCUGGAAGCCACUAGUUCUUGGUUCUUGCCCUGAGGCAGAGAAAUCUGGCUCCUCUUUCCCUCUGUUGAAAAGGGUCUCCCUUGAAGAAGAAGAACUGGUGUAGAGGAAGGCACUUCAGGAAGAACCCAUCAGAGGAAGUCCUGCCUCUAUUGCCUGCUGAAGAAAGGUCUGACAGGAAGACUGAGGAGGUUUCUCAUUGGGGGCUACUGGAAAGUGUUUUCUGUCCCCCAAGACAUGACCCAAAGGCAGAACUGACUGUACCAGGCAGCCUUCGCUUUCAGGAUGUGGCCAGUGUGGGUCCAAAGGGACCUGAUGCGGCUGGGAGCCCUGCUGACUCUGCUGCUCUGUUUGAGCCUCGAGAGUCAGGAAAACUCUUUCACCGUCAACACCAUCCAUAUGCAGAGCCUGCCAGACUGGACCGUGCAGAACGGGCAGAACCUGAACCUGCAGUGCGUCGUGGACGUCAGCACCACCUCGCACGUCAAGCCUCGGUACCAGGUGGUGUUCUACAAGGACGAUGUGCUCUUGUACAACGUCUCCUCCGUGAAGAACACGGAGAGCUUUCUUAUCCCUCAAGCCCGGGUCCACGACUCGGGCACGUACAAAUGCACUGUGAUUCUGAACAACAAGAAGAAGAAGACCACUCCAGAGUACCAGUUAUGGGUGAAAGGGGUGCCACGUCCCAGGAUCACACUGGACAAGAAGGAGGCGAUAGAAGGCGGGGUUGUGACUGUCAAUUGUUCCGUCCCGGAGGAAAGGGCCCCGAUACAUUUCAAAGUUGAAAAGUUUGAGCAAGAUUCAAAGAUUUUCAAGCUCAAAAAAGAGAAGACUUCUUGGGAACAGAAUUUUGUGACUUUGGAAUUCCCUAUCGAAGAACAGGACUAUGUUUUGUAUUUCACCUGUCAAGCCAGUAUUUCUCUGGGGUUCCAAAUUGAGACCUCAGAAACCACCAGGAGUGAAGAGAUGGUCACUGUGACAGCGUCCUUCUCUACUCCGAAGUUCCAAGUCAGUCCCCCCGGGGUCAUCACGGAAGGAGAUCAGCUGCACAUCAGGUGUACCAUCCAAGUGACGCACCUGGCCCACGAGACCCCAGAAAUCCUAAUCCAGAAGGACAAGGCAAUUGUGGCCCACAGCAAACACAGCAGGGAGGCCGUCUACUCAGUCAUGGCCACGGUAGAGGACAUCGGUAACUACACGUGCAAAGUAGAGUCCAGUCGCCUGUCCAAGGUCAGCAGCAUCGUGGUCAACAUCAGAGAACUGUUUCCCAAGCCAAUGCUGGAGUUUUCCUCCACCCUUGUGGACCAAGGUGAGAAGGUGGACCUGCUGUGCUCCAUCCCAGGAGCCCCUGCAGCCAACUUCACCAUCGAGAAGGAAGGCACGAUCGUGUCACAGGGCCAGAAUUUCACCAAGACCACGGAAGGGCGGGAUAGCGGGACCUACGCCUGCACCGCGGCCAUUGGCAAAGUGAUCAAGAAAAGCAAUGCCGUCCAGAUCACAGUGUGUGAAAAUAUCUCCGAGCCCAGGAUUUUUCAUGACACCAAGCCCGAGAUCAUAAAAGGACAGGCCGUAAGAGUCAGUUGCCAAUCACUAAAUGGAACUGCACCUAUUACUUAUUACCUUCUAAAAGGAAGUGAUGUUUUAGAGAAUAUUACAAAGAGCUCAAAUGAUCCUGCGGUAUUCCAGGAUAAUCCAACCAAAGAUGUGGAAUACAAGUGCAUCGCAGAUAACUGUCAUUCCUUCCCUGCUGUGUCCAGUGAGGUCUUGAGCAUCAAGGUAAUAGCCCCAGUGUACCAGGUCAAGCUUACUAUCCUGAAGGGUGUGGAGGUGGAGUCUGGGAAGGAAAUUGUGCUUCAUUGCUCUGUGGCUGAAGGAACUGGCCCAAUCACAUACAAGUUUUACAAAGACAAGGAGUCCAAGCCCUUCCACCAAGCCAUCUCGAAUGACACCUCUGUAAUUUGGUACAAGGCACAGGCUAGCAAGGAGCAGGAGGGACAGUACUACUGUGUGGCUUCCAACAAAGCGACGGUCACCCAAAGCAGCACCCACAGCAACGCAUUGACGGUCAAAGUCUUUCUUGCCUCAUGGAAGAAAGGACUUAUCGCAGUUGUCAUAAUUGGAGUGAUAAUUGCCACCCUGAUAGUUGGAGCCAAAUGCUAUGUGUUGAGGAAAACUAAAGCCAAGCAGAUGCCUGUGGAAAUGUCCAGGCCAGCAGCACCACUUCUGAAAUCCAACAAUGAAAAGCUGUCAGAGCCUAAUAUUGAAGCCAACAGCCAUUAUGAUUACAGUGAUGAAGUUGGAAACCAUGCAAUGAAACCAUUAAAUGAAAGUAAAGACUCUCCAAACUCAGAUGUGGAGUACACAGAGGUGGAAAUAUCCUCAGCGGAGCCCCACCACGCUCUAGGAACGAAGGGCACAGACACUGUGUACAGUGAGAUCCGGAGAGCCGACCCUAAUUUUGCGGAAAACAGACAUUCUCGAGCAGAAGCCUCCCUUGAUGGAACUUAGGACAGCAAAAGCAGGUGCUCGUGCCUGGCAGGACAUCCACAUCCCGAGACGCGCAGACGAUUCCCAUACUCCGAGAGCUCUGUGCACUUACCAACCUCCUCUGCUCCCAUGUAACCUAGAAAUUCCUCAGGCCGAGGCGCCAGUUCUCAAAUCCAUCCUGCUGCGUUAAUGUUAGGCAUAAAGAGAUCCAGAGGGGCUGUCCGGUCGCCCGCGUGGUCCCUCCUUCCCAGUUGCAACAACCUUGCAGUGCAGAAGACUACAAGGAGGUCAGAUAAACAAGCCCCUGGGCUAUUUUAGAAACUUGAAUAUUUUGUCUUGUACAGAUAGAGAAUUUCUGCAUGCGCCCCCUACCCGUUUUGUCUUGUACCCGAUCACUUCCAGCAGACGGCCUACUCUUAGGCUUAGUUUUUGUUUUGUUUUGUUGUUUUGUUUUUUUCUUUGGUCCUUCGAAGGCCGGAAGCUCUGGAUAGUGUUUGUUCCUCGGAAAUGACCAGACAGCUCCCCACCGCCACGCCCCCUCUGACCUCACCCACCACAGAGCUGCUGGGGUGCGACUCCCCCAAAACACCAGGAAGGUGAGGCCGGCCGUCCGAGUGGAGGAGGAAGGUGGUGUCAGCGCCGAUGCUCUGGCCAGGGUUCUCCCUCCGCCACACUGAAGGCCGGAAGAUGAGGGAUGAUUGCCUACAGCAAAUCCGAUUUUUAAUAGAAAAACGAAGCGUGUAUUUUUCUUACUAAUUUUUUUUUAAUUUAUUCCCUGCUGAGGAAGUGAUCUGAGGUCUGGAGAUGUUUCGGAGGCUGGCCGGAGUGGGUGGGAAGGAGGAAAUCUCCUCCCUGGCCGCCUGGGCAGCAGAGCCGCAGGGAGCCUGAGGGGUGUUGUAUUAAAUAAAGUUGA